AUGUCUACAGCAGAGCACACUAGUGAUCCGUGGUCUAGUUACGACUACGCGUCAGCUUCCAGGAAGACCAGCAAUAUGGAUCCGGAGUUGGCUUCUAUUGUUUCGUCGUUGUCUGCUUUGUCUAAUCCUUCUGCGCAGCAGACGGCAGGCGGUCCGCAGCAUUUGGGGGGGUUUAGAAGGGCUUCUAUGAACUCUAAUAAUGGGAGCGACGUGGAGUCGGAACUUCUUUUUCAAACACAUACGACCUCUCCAACUGCUAGACGUACGGCACUGUCUUUAGAAGUUGCUCCAACAGCGGCCGUGACCUCUAACACUCAUAGGUUAGCUAUGAUGAAUCAUUAUCCUGCUAGUAUCGCUAACGGGACUUUGCAGUCGUCGAGCCAUCAAGGUGGCGGCUCGUUUUUUGAGAGGUUUGGGCGGUCUUUGGCGGAGGCUACUAGGGAAGUUGAACUGAACUUGGGCUCCCAUUCUUCACGCAACUUGCGGCGUGAAUCUGUCACCAAUCCUGCAAGCUCUCUCGAUUUGUUAUCUCGCGUGGCGGGCAACGCUAACAUUGCAGCAAGUGAUGAGCAAAUGCGCCGCAAAACUUCGGUGUCUUCGGAUGUGUUGGAAUCUGUUAGUGAAACUUUGUCAUUGCAGAAUGAAGCCACGCCUUCGACCAACAUUUGGAAUGUUGCAAAUGCACCUGUAUUUAGACCUAACCAGAUGGAUUCGAUGCUAAAUCCCGAGCUAUACCAAUCCAUGUAUGGAGGGUUUCCCUAUGGAGUGUUUGGCCACUAUCCAACAACAACAACAACAACAGCAACAGCAACCAAUGCUACUACUGCUACUACUGCUACUACGACCACAGGGGGGACUAAUGUGCCUGGUGCCAUGUUCCCCAAUUCAACUCACUCGCAGCUGUCACUACUUGGCGGUGAGAUUGAAGAUUUGGAGGAUACUGACAAUCACGGCGAUCAGCUGACAAGUAUACCUACACAGUUCAUGUUCCCGCCUGGUGCAUCUUUCAUGUACUUUCCUCCAAAUGGAACAAGCAAUACCAAUUCACCAUCCCCAGGGAUUACUCAAUCUCAACCUUCGCGUUAUUCUCCAACUGAUUCCCAAAAAACUCAAAAGCCCAACCCAUAUUUACAGCAGCAUUCAAGGAACUACAAGUCUGGUGGCAUCAAUACUGCCCAGACAUCUGCUAAGAUUCCUUCUCCAUCUUUGCAGUCUGCGAAUAAUAAUAACCAUCACAAUCAUCAUAUUACACCUCAUAUUUCAAAGCAUGCUUCCCAGCCGCAAAAGCAGCAGGGACAACAACAGCACCAACAUCAACAGCGACAACAAUCACAGCAGCAACAAUCACAGCCACAAUCACAUUUGCAAUCUCAGCAGCAGCAGCAGCAGCAGCAGCAACAUCAACAACAACAACAACAACAACAGCAGCAGCAGCAGUCACAACAACAACAGCAACAGCAGCAACCACAACAGCAGCAAAACCAAGUACAUCAGCAAUCUUCCUCUGGGACCGGUACAAAACGUAAUGGAAAAAAUCAGCAACCCAUCGUGAGGUCUCCUCUAUUGGAAGAAUUCAGAACAAAUCCAACGAACAAAAAUUACAAGUUACAUGAAAUUUAUGGCUCUGCACUAGAGUUUUGUAAGGAUCAACAUGGUUCUCGGUUCAUUCAACAAGAGUUAGCUACGGCUUCUGCCAUUGAAAAGGAAAUAAUCUUCAAUGAAAUUAGGGAUCAUGCUAUCCAGUUAUCUCACGAUGUCUUUGGUAAUUACGUGAUUCAGAAAUUCUUUGAAUUUGGCACGAAGACCCAAAAGGAUAUUUUGGUGGAACAGUUUAAAGGUAAAUUGGAAAUGUUGUCGUUGGAAAUGUAUGCAUGUCGUGUAAUUCAAAGGGCUUUUGAAUUCAUCGAUGAAGACCAAAAGAUUGAACUAGUCAUGGAAUUAUCAGCCAGUGUCCUGACUAUGAUAAAAGACCAGAACGGCAAUCACGUUAUCCAAAAAACAAUUGAAUGCAUCCCCAUGUCGAAACUCCCAUUUAUUUUAGAAAGUUUAAAAGGUCAGAUUUAUCAUUUGUCAACGCAUUUCUAUGGCUGUCGUGUUGUUCAAAGGUUGUUGGAAUAUGGCAGUAAAGAAGAUCAAGAUGAAAUUUUGAACGAACUGGACCAAUUUAUACCAUACUUGGUUCAAGAUCAGUACGGAAAUUAUGUUAUUCAACAUAUAUUGCAGCAUGGUGGUGAUGAUCCGGCUGCAAACCACAUUGAUAAGUCGAAGCAGGAUAUUGUUAACACCAUCAGCAAAACGGUGGUAGAUUUCUCAAAACACAAAUUUGCCUCCAAUGUCGUCGAAAAAACUAUACUAUAUGGUAGUGUAUCACAAAAGAGACAAGUAUUGGAUAAGAUUUUGCCAAAUGAUGAAGGACAUGCUGCGAACUUGGAGGAUAGUUCCCCAUUAAUAUUGAUGAUGCGUGAUCAAUAUGCUAACUAUGUCGUCCAAAAACUUGUUGGUGUCGCUACAGGUAAUGAUAAGAAGUUAAUUAUCAUUGCUAUAAGAUCCUAUUUGGAAAGAUUAAACAAAAACAAUACAUUGGGUAAUAGGCAUUUGGCAAGUGUUGAAAAACUAGCUGGCUUGGUUGAAAAAGUAAAAAUAUGA